CAAUUUUCUUUCGUAUGUCAGGAAGUCAGUAAACUUUGUUCCGAAGAUACGUGAAGAAUCGUGCCAUCAUGUCGGGUAGUAUGAGAUUUGUGAAAUUCCUCGUCUUUUUCUUCAAUCUGCUCUUCGCCCUCUCCGGCUUAGUGAUUCUCAUCACUGGCGCGGUGAUUGAAUCCGUGUACAAGAAAUACUCCACAUUCAUUCCUCAUGAGAUCUUUUCGGCUCCGGACAUCUUAAUCGUCGUGGGUGUGAUCAUAUUCGUGAUUGCAUUUUUCGGCUGUUGUGGUGCGAUCAAGGAGAACAACUGCAUGCUUGUCACGUUCGUUUUGCUGCUGGUCAUUAUUUUCAUCCUCGAAAUCGCCGCUGGAAUCACAGCUUACGUGAUGCGUUCGGACCUUGAACAAGAGAUCGCGAAUCGCAUGAACGGCACCAUGGAAUUGUACAAUGAGACGGAUCAAAAUGCCCCUACGAAAGCUUGGGAUGAAAUGCAGAUUGAGCUGAAGUGCUGUGGAGUGAAGGAUUACAAGGACUGGAAUCAGCAUUUAUCGAAGUAUCCUAAAAGCUGCUGUGGCUCGACAAAUUUGGACUCCGUUUGUGAGCCGUCCUCACCCUCGUUUCAUGAAGUAGCAUGCCUACCGACGCUGACGUCCAAGGUAAACGGAAAUAUCGCUAUCAUCGGCGGAAUCGGCAUCGGCAUUGCUUUUGUUCAGAUCGAAUGGAUCGAUGUAAUGGCCGUGCCUCAACCUGGAAGUGCCUUCGCAGCUCUUGAUCGCCUCGACAUGAACGAACAUUGCUUCCCGCCUCCCUAUAUUCUUCCUCUUGUUUCAAACGCUCAUGAUCCACCGUUAAGUGUACGAUCUACGGAUUGGCUGUCGCAGAGCGGUGGGAGCGAUGAUGAUAGUCCUCUUGCUUCAACCGUUGACAUGAGAGCCCUUCAAGAUUCUCCCCCACACACCACUCCUCUCUUGGCAAUCGAUGAAAAGAGAGUUGUUAUCGAAGAAUGUUCGGCUUGUUGUCUGAUGAAGCCAGUGGAUAUAUUUUCUUCAUUCAUCUACGAAAUUGUUUCUUUGGUAUCUACGCGUCUUAGCUGGUGUAUGCCGGGGGAAGAAGAUUCUAACUAUGAUGCAGAGGGGGAAACUACUUCGGAGAGCGAGGAUGAACAUCCGAUACCGGGAACAACUGUGGGGUCCGUCGCCUUAGUCGCUUCGACGGACACUCGUCUUUCUUCAUCUUCGUCGGAAAGUAAAAGCAAGCAAUUGCGAAAUAUUAAACCGAUCAAGAGUGAAGAAUGUGGGAACGAUAAAAAAGCGAAGAACGUAAAAAGACGUUCGCACGAUGCCAAGAAACUUCGCCAUCGUUCUGAAUCUUCGUCUUCGUCGUCCAGUGAAUCAUCCGACGGCGAAAAUUCUGGCUCUUCAAACUCUGGAUCGUCGGGUUCGUCCACAUCAUCAAGUUCGACUUCGUCCAGUUCUUCAUCUUCCACUUCAUCAACUCCACAACCUUCACGAUCUCCUACUCCGAGACGUGAUGGGAAACACAGUAGUAAAAAUUUCUCUGGUGAUUCGGAUAUCAAGCCGAAAAAUUCGAAGAUUCGAAACGAUAAGGAUCCUCUGGUGCGAACGAAAGAUUCAAUGGGAGCACGUCUAGUUUCUCCUGAGCCCCCAAGUGCCCCUCGUUUGACCGCCGCGCAGCGAAAAUGUAUCCGCCUCCUUCCGGAAAUAUCCGCGGAACCCGUGGACCAGAGCACUGAGGACCUUUUGCCGAGAACGCCUGAGAAAUCGCCGCAUCCAUCCAUAAGUGAACCAGAGCGUGUUACGUUCGAAUUCAUCGAUAGUGAUUCAGGAAGUGACAUCGCUAUUCCUAUCAAUGAGAACUCUGCUAACAUCAAUGAUAGUACGAAUCUCGUGAGUGAAGCGAUCAAGGUAAUUGAAGAUCAGUUCACGUACCCGGAUCGUGGGGUAGACGAAGUUGAAGAAGAGGAAGAAGAAGUUAGUCGUGUCCGACGUCGUCCAGCUCGUUCCGUGACUCUCCAGAAAGAUCCAGAAAUCUCGGACACAAACUCUGCCCCUAAAAAGCGUGGUAGAAAGCGGAAGGUUCCGGUUGAAAGCUCAGAUUCUCACAUUAGGCAUUCAAAGCAUUCGAAGAUGAAUUCUUCGAAGUCUUCCAACAAAAAAUCAGAGCCACAUAAAAUCAGACAAUCUGAGCCCCCUUCCUCUCAAAACGAAUCUCUGCAAAUGAUGGAUGCCAUGAGUCUUGUUGAGAAGUUCUGUAGCAAGCGAGCAGCGGAAGCCAAAUUGAGAGCGAAAAACCCUUCAGAAAAGCCAAAACUUCGCCGAAAGAAAAAGCAUAAAGAGAAGAAGCUGCGAAAAGGAAUCGACAAGACAGUUGGAGAAAUCGUGCCGGAAUUUGAAAAACUUGCAAUAUCCCGUCUUCUGUUGUCUCAUUCGUCCAAAGAAAUCCCGAAAGUGUUCACAGCUUGCAAAUUUCGUCGCAGACGGAAAAACUGGCUCGAAUUUGAAAAGGCAUGUCCGAAAACCGUGGAAAAAUGUUCAUCAGAUAUCACUAGUGCUUUCCAUGCCCUUCCCCGCAUGUUUCCACAUUUAUUCGACUUUCCGGAACCUACGAAAGUGAAUUCUGCUCCUUUAGCUGCUGAAAAAUUACCAAAGAGAAGGGUUCGGAAACCGACUGGAGGUGAUAAUGUUCCUGAACCAGUCGUUUCCCUGCCGCCGAAGAAACGUCACAGGCAAAUGCCUUUGGAAACUACCAAACCCUCUCCGCUUUCAAUUUUAUCUUCUGUUACUGAACCGAAGAAACCUGCCAAAAGUUUGGAAACCCCGUCAAAACCAGGAUUAAUGGACGUGGUUUCUCGUCUGACUUCGUUGGUGUCAUGCAACGCGCAACCGUCCGAAAGUGUUCCUCAGUUGCCACCUAGCGUUUCCCCUGUUUCAAAAAAAGUUGGAUCCGGGAAGCGGAAAAGCAAAGAGAGCAUCAUCAAGAAAAUAUCGGUUGUCCCCGAAAUCAAGGAAGUGCACUCGGAUUCGGAGCAUUUAAGGAAAAAGCCGAGAAGAAGGAUCAAUAGAACUGGAUUUCCAUCUGUUCGGAGAAAACGGAGAACAAACGAGGGCUGCCGAAGUACCGACUCUCCUUCAGAAUCUGUGGAAGAUAUUCAAUCGCCACCAGCGCCACCUACGCCAUCACCACCGCCCACUUCGGUUCCUCCACCUCCUCCUGUCGUGAAGCGUGGUCGUGGUAGACCUCCUCUUUCCUCGAAGACUGAACAAAAAUCACAACCUCUCGAAAUUACAAAGCUGGAGUUAAAAACGUCUGUUCCUGUAAAGAAAGUCGAAAUACCACCCCCUAAAUCUCUGCCGUCGAGGAAAGCAGCGGCUCCAACAGAAAUUCCGAAAGUUGAGGUUGCCCCGAAGCCAAAGUUGGAUGAAGGACCAAGGACGCUUCCAGCUAUUAUUGAUCCUAACAAUAUUCUUCCGACGCGGAAACGCGUUAUUCACGUGAAAACAGAGCAGCCUCAACCCGAAGUCAAGAUGGAAAAAUGCGACGAAGUGAUACAGGAAAUUAAAAAGAAAAAUCUUAUUAGUGAAGUCAAGCCUGUUACAGCAUCAAAAUCCAAAGGAAAGGCAAAGGCCAAGAAAUACUUGAAAGCUGGACUGUUCGCGGAUGAUUUCAAGCGGCCAAGGAGCACAAAAGAGAGUGAGACGCAGAAGGAAACCAAAAAGUGCCAUCCAACGCUUCCACUUCCGGAGCAUUGCGGACGCUGGCUCCUCGACCAGGAAACCAACUUUCUUCUUCCAUAUAAAAUAUGGAACCGUACUUCAUCGCCAGAAACCAGUAAACCAGUUCCGUCUCCUUCGAAACCUAAACCAGUUACAGAAAAGCAAGAGAGACCGGAAUUAGCCGAUGUUCCUGUAAAUGAUCCCACUCGCAGUCGUCCGCGCAAGAAGGUGCGCCACACGAUCCAGUCUUGGAACUACCGCGAAAUCAAGACAAACGUUUAUUACGACGUUAAACCGAAUCCCCAGGAAGUUCCGAUCUGCAGUUGUAAAUGUCCCGAGGGUGACGCCCAAGGUUGCGGCGAAGACUGUCUCAACCGAAUGAUUUACGCCGAAUGCGCUCCAAACGUGUGUCCGUGCGGUCAAAAGUGUUCUAAUCAGAGGAUUAAGAAGCAUCAGUGGGCACAGAAUUUACAAAGGUUUAUGACAGAUUCCAAGGGCUGGGGCAUUCGGUCGACCAAGCCGAUCUCGGCCGGAGAGUUUAUAAUGGAGUACUUGGGAGAAGUUGUGAGUGAAAAGGAAUUCAGAGAUCGAAUGGUAAUGCGAUACCACAACGACGUGCAUCAUUAUUGUCUGAAUUUGGACCGAGGGCUUGUGAUUGACGGGCAUCGUAUGGGAGGAGAAGCUCGUUUCGUGAACCACUCAUGUGAUCCGAAUUGUGAGAUGCAAAAGUGGCUGGUGAACGGACUCCACCGGAUGGCUUUGUUCGCAAAACGCGACAUUGGAAGCGAGGAAGAACUCGGCUACGAUUACAACUUUUCGCUUUUUGAUCACACGCAAGGCCAAGAAUGCAAAUGCGGGAAGGAGAAUUGUCGCGGAGUCAUUGGUGGGAAAACGCAAACUCGUGUCCCGAAGGAUGGAGCAACCGUAAGCGAGAAGAAACCAAAAAAGAUCGUCGCUCCGGCUCUGUACGUCCCACGCUUGUUGACCAACGACGAAAAGCAGCUUUUACAGAUUAAGCGAUGCUUUUUGAAGCGGAAUUACGGUAAAAUCCGUCGCGUGAGAGAAUUUUUAAACCUUGUGAAUCUGGGAGUCGCGGACCCAAUUUCCGGGAAUUCUCACGAAGAAUUGAAAGCUGGGCCAUCGAAUGGCCCCAACGGAGGAAACGGAUCGGAGCAGGGCAAAGUGAAUGAAGCUUUUCUGAGCCACUUCAAUGCAUUGCAUACGGCGAGGUCCAUGAGAACCCGAAGGUUGGCCUUGGUUGAUGAUAAUCCGGACAUAGCCAAAACUGCCCGACUCGCACAAGUCUUCAGGGAGAUUCAUGCCACUGUCACAAACGCUCCAGAUUCUGAUGGAGAAAAGAAAUUGAGCGAAAUGUUCAUUUCUGUUCCUACGAAGAGGAAGUGCCCGGAAUUCCAUGUUAAGUAUCCGGAUGCUGUCGAUUUGUCGACAAUCGAGAAGAACUUGAUGACCGGACAAUAUACGACGGUGGAUGCUUUUGACAAGGAUUUUCUUCGGAUGUUCUCCUCCUACCAAAAACAUUACGGAUGGGGAUCUGAGGAAGCGGUAAAAGCGUCUCAGCUGAAGAAGCUUUACGAAGAAGCGAAACGUGAUGUGCAAUCACCGCUGGAAGAAAUAUUAGGUGGCCCUGUUCCGGCAUCUUUCAUUCCCCCGAAAGUCGUGAGCCAUUUAUCAGGUACUGAAGCCAAAGACGUUGCGUUUAGUGACGACGUCGUUCGCUGCAUAUGUGGAAUGUUCCGUGAAGAAGGAUUGAUGAUCCAGUGCGAACGAUGUCUUGUGUGGCAACACGCGGAAUGUAUUGGGUGGAAUAAAAGUACUGGCGAUGAAAUGCAGACCCCGACGAAGAGACCCGGACAAACUGCAAACGAUAGCUAUUUGUGCGAGCAGUGUGACAAGAGGGAUGUUUGUUUCGAGAUUCCUGUGCAACCGGCAUCGCCUUCCCCGUCCCCAACUACCGGAGAACUAGUCACAUUCUAUUAUACCCUUCUACGCGAUGACGGCUUACAAAUUCGUCAGACGGAUUACAUGUACGUCAUGCGGGAAGUUCCAGCUGAGAAGCAAGAAGCGGAAAUUGCUCACGCGCGUCGGACAUAUUCGGAAGGCGGUUUCAACGCGGAGAAAUACGAUAUUUUCUGCAUCGAAAAACUUUGGAAAAACAAUGAAGGAAGCAGUUUGGCAUUCGGGCACCACUACCUCAGACCCCAUGAAACGUAUCACGAACCCUCCCGAAAAUUCUACUCCAAUGAAAUCGUCCGUGUACCAAUUUAUGAAGUUAUUCCUUUGAGGCUGCUUGUUGGUCGCUGCUGGGUCCUUGAUGCCAAGUCAUAUUUCAUCGGAAGGCCAGUGAGUUGUAUCGAAGAACACUGCUACGUGUGCGAAUUCCGCGUGGACAAAAACGCUCGCAUCUUUUCUCGCAUUUCGAAGAUGAAGGUGCCGGUGAAUUUGAAGUCGUACGCUUUCGAGAAGUUCCCUGAGAAGUUGAAGCUGACGCGAGAUUUUGCGCCGCACGAGAUUCCGCCGGAACUGCAGCCGAAGCCCGUUGCCCCUGAUGGGUCCGGCAGAGGUCGCCCGAAAGUUCGUGUGGGAGAAAAAAAGCAUCAGUUGAAGAGACAAGCCAGUGUUGAGGGCAGCAAACGCAAGUCAAAAAAAUCUAACGGAACUCAGUCAGAAUCCGUGGAGAAAGUGGAAAAGGUACCUGGAAAAUUGAUGAAAAUGCCACGCAAGGCACUGGAGACAGUUUUGAAGCGACUUUUAGCAUCCCAACCACCGAAUCUUGAUCCCGUGGACAUUUCGUAUUUGCUGGAUAAGAAGCGAGUUCGGAAGAAGCCCGUGUUCUUGGCAGCUACUUGACGAAGCCGGACGAUUUCCCAGGUUACCACACUCUAGGUGGAUCGAGGUUUCCCGCGGCCAAAUGCGCGAUUAUUAGCUGAAACGUUGCGGUCUUCGUUCCGUUUCUGGUAGUACAAAGAUAAAAUAACGAACUACCCGACGCAUUAACCACGUCCAGCGGAAAAGUUGCUCAGCGCACUUCGUGUAUGCCAGCUUCUUUUCUUUUUAUUUUCUUUUUCAAGCAAAAAACGGACGCAUCUUGGGGAACAGGAAUUCCUGUUCUGAUUUUUUUAAUGGAAACGAUUAAUGGAUCUCGCUUUGAAAUUAAGGGUGAACAAGUUCUGAUCAGAGCAGCCGAGUAUCAGUAUAUAUUCACGGCAUUUUGGCGCAGUCGAUUUAAAAUCAUGAAAUUCACCAUCUUCGCAAUGAUUGUGUUCUUGUAACGCAAACGACUUUUUUUCAUACUUGACCCUGAUUUCAUGGAAGAUAUUGGAUGAUACCGCACGUGUUAUUCGCAAUCGUGUUUUGGACCCUCGGUUUUCUUACACGAAGUGAGGUUUUUUUGUUUUGUUAGAAAAUACUGGAUCGAAGAGGAUCCGAGUCUAAAAAUGAAGUUUCCCGAAGACCACGUGGUCUUUUUUAACGUCUCGCGCGUUUUUUUUUUAAUGUCAGCAAAAGCAAUAUUGCUCUAAAUUUGCAACGGUUGAUGAAUUUAUAGUCGAGGAUCGUAUUGUCUUCGUGAAUUGACCAAAAACGGAUCUUCAUCAUAUGAGAGAAUUUAUAUUGUGUUUGUCUAUCGAUUUGUUUUUUUUUUCGGGGAAAUGCAGUUGUUGGUGAAGUGGAAAGCUC